AUGAACAGCAAGAAGAAGAAGAAGAAGAAGAAAUGGCAAAUUAUUCAGCUUUUGCUUUUCUUUCAAACCCUUCUCGAUCCUCUUUAUUUUCCCUCAAAGUGUGCCCAAUAUUUUCUCUCUCACCAGACCAAGACCAAGUUGGGAGAACUUCGCCCAAGAGUUCUCAUCUUCGUCUUGAAUCAAGACAGGUCGCAUGCAAUGGAGGUGAUGCGUCUUUUUAUCUCAGCAGUCUGUACGGUGUUGAGCUUUCUAGGCCUCCAAUUUUGGACAGAACUUUCUAAUGUGAAACUACAUUCAGAUGGUUUGAUCAUCGGUGAACAUUAUGUGCACUUUUGUGUUGCCAAAUGUGCAGUGGAAAAUCCAUAUAUCACUACUGCUUUGGUGCUCAACUUUAUCCUCAACGUUUAUGCACUCAUCUUUAUAUCUCUUAAGACAAUAUAUGCAACUGAAUCUUGGAAAUUGGUGCAGAAAAUAGAAUUUUAUGUCCUUAGCAAGGGAGCAUCUCUUUUGGUGGUAGUCCCACUAACUCUAAUUCAUGCAGGAUUGUGGUCAACAUGGUUGACCGUAGCAUGCACUUUGAAGAUGUUUGAAGCUCUAGCCAGGGAACGGCUCGAACGGUCGUUGAACACAUCAUCAUCUGGUUCUAGUGCAAGACUUUGGAAUUACUUGGGUGAUUAUUCUGUUUUAUUGGUGGUUUUCACUGUCGACGCAAUUUGGAUUACGACGUGUGCACUGAUUCACAAAAAAAUACCAUCGCCCGUGUUAUUGUUAUUAUUCUUUGAGCCUCUUGGUAUUGCUUUCAAAACAUUAAAGGGCAUUUUGGUUCAUGGAUUUCAAUUGCUUGAUAUAUUGCUUCACCACUCAGCACGCAACACAACAAAUAAUUCAAAAAUAUCAAAGCUUUUGGAUACGUCAGCAGCAGCAGGAGAUUCACAAUUGAAAUGGGAACGGAAGCGUGUUAUAUUACGGAAUGUAUGUUUUUUCCUAGAUAUUAUAACGUGGUUGAUCGUUUUUGGGCAUUAUGUGUACGCAUGGAGGCUUAAUGGCAAGACAUACCUUAUGCUUAACCUAUCGUUUAUGGAUAUCAUUUUAGUGAACGGUUUAUUGAGUUAAGAAUGGCUUAGAGAACCCUUCAUUGGGAAUUGGGAUCUCCCUGAUAGUAGUGGAUGGAGAGCUUUUUUAUAAGUUCAAGUAUGUAUCCAGCUGUUAGGAUUUAAUCAUCAUCUAAUUAUGUUUGUAAGUUUAUUUAUCGUUGUUUAUCAACAUUGUAGACCCUGGGGUUUGGUGACUAUAUCACCGAUUGUGGACAUUUGGUUUGUGGUCAUGUGAGUUGCUUUG